GACUAGACAUAAGAGUACGAGAUACAAGUUUCAGAGAAUGUAUUUGCCCAGAACAAAGAUUAGCCAUAUGUCUAAGAUAUUUAGCUUCAGGAUGUUCAUUCAAAGAAAUACAUUACUCAUACAGAGUAGGCGUUUCGACAAUAAGUAAACUAAUAAAAGAAAUGACCCACGUCAUUUGGGAAAACCUAAAGACAGAUUUCCUUAAGCUGCCUGAUACUGAGAGAGAAUGGGAGGACAUCGUUUCAGGAUUCGAAAGAAAAGCCAACUUUCCUCACUGUCUUGGAGCAGUAGAUGGCAAACAUAUCAGAAUUUUGAAACCAGCCAAGAGUGGUUCUAUGUUCUUUAAUUACAAGGAGUAUUAUUCUUUUGUAUUAAUGGCAGUUGUCGAUUCAGAGUACCGAUUUAUUUUUAUUAGUGUGGGCUCAUAUGGCAAGGAAUGCGAUUCUACUAUAUUAAAGGAUAGUACAUUUUGGCAAAAGAUCAAUGAUGGUACUUUAAAUGUACCAAAGCCUAGACCGCUUCAUGAAAACUUGCACGAAGAAUUACCGUUUAUACUUAUUGGCGAUGAAGGCUUUGCUUUAACACCUAAUCUCCUACGUCCAUAUGGAGGUACACAUUUGAAUACUGAUAAAAAGAUUUUUAACUAUAGACUAAGUCGAGCAAGAAGGUAUGUUGAGUGCGCUUUUGGUAUUCUGGCAAAUAAGUGGCGAAUAAUCCAUCGAGCUAUAGAUCUGAACGUAGACACAGCAAUUCAAGUAAUUAAAGCUUGUACAGUCUUACAUAAUUUUGUAAGAGAAAAAGAUGGUAUAAAUUUUGAAAGUUACCAAAAUAUAGAACAUAGACAAGAACAAGAAACGACACCCAUGAAUCGGAAUGUGUCAAGUCGAGGUGGCCCUAAUGCCAACGCUAUACGGACAUCAUUUACUAAUUAUUUUGUUUCGGAUAUUGGUUCCGUUCCGUGGCAGGCAGCAGCUAUAAAAUAAAAUUUAUCAAUGCAUUUACAUUUUAUCAAUAAAACAUUAAAAACUCA